UUACAAUAUUUUGUCCUUCAGGCAAUUCAUUUCUGCAGUUCCAGCAGUGCUCUCAAACUCAAGUAUCUGUCAGCAUUCACGCUGUGUUUUCUCUCCAGGAAAUGUGUUUUCAAGCUGACAGCUGAGAGUCAACCGUUAACGUUACGUUUCCAUGGUGACGUACCGUUCAGUCCACUAGCAGUUUUCGUCUCGGUGCUAAAUCACAAUUUGAAACGCCAACUUUGUACCAAGACAGCCAAGAACAUGUAGUAGAACAAUGCUUGUCAGACAGCAUGCCGUGAAAGACAGACGACACAAAUGACGAGGCUGUCCGUCAAGAAAAAAACAGGCAGCCACAGCUCAUCUAUGCUAACACUGAUUAGCCGAGUUAGCUCAGCGUCUGUGUCAAAUCCCGUCACCGGGAGCUCACCGGUUUUCGGUUUGGAUACAUGAGCGUGAGUUGUAAGUUACCCGGAAACAGUCGGCAUCUACUCCGAGUUAAGACUUCACGUUAUUUUUCGAGUAUGACGAAUAUGUUCCUACCUCCAGCUGCUGUCCGAGAGAUGUUUUCUUCUUGACACACAAUGCUGAUUUUCCUCUGUGGUGUCGGUGUAACGCAGCCCGCUGAGCCGCCACAGCGCCACCCUGAGGCUGACAGCGCGAAACAAACAAAGCUGCUAGAAUUGAUGGCGCAAUACGGCGAGAGAGGACGACGAGGAGGGAGAGGAAGGAGGGGAAAUCGUGGUGGAGAGGACAGAGAUGUCCGCCUGUCUAAGUCCAUGUCUUAUGCUCUUCGUCAUGGAGCCGGCCAGAUGGGUCUUCAAAUGGGUACAGAUGGCUUUCUGUUUGUGGAGGAACUCCUGGCUCACCCGCAGUUCCGCUCAUAUACACUGGAAGAUGUCGAAAGAGUCGUGGCCACAAAUGACAAGCAGCGCUUUAAGCUUCGCUCCCAUCCGGAGGACGGCCACCUGCAGAUUCGAGCCAGUCAGGGCCAUUCCCUACAGGUAAAGGAUUUGGAGCUGAAACCGGUCCUGGCUGGUUCUUCAGACUGCCCUGCUGAGGCCGUUCAUGGCUCUUACCUCCGCAACUGGAGCUCCAUCCAGCAGCAGGGCCUGAACCGCAUGAAGAGAACGCACAUCCACCUGGCACCGGGCCUGCCAGGGGAUGAUGGCGUCAUCAGCGGUAUGAGGAGAGAUUGUGAUUUAGCCGUGUAUAUUGAUGUCCCCAAAGCUCUCGCUGACGGUAUCGAGUUCUUCUGGUCAGAAAACGGUGUGCUGCUGACUUCAGGCAACGCAGAGGGAAAACUUCUCCCUAAAUACUUCAGCCGAGCCUUAAGACUGAGACCUACAAGGAGCAUCCUGCCGCUACAGUAACAGCAGAGGAUACUGUUCUGUCACUGGUCAUAUCGAGACUCGUCUGAAUGUGAUAGCAUCCCAUGAUUGGUUGAUGCUCACCCCAGUUCCCUUGGUAACACUUGUUGUAUUGCAGGAGCAUCCUAGGGAGGUGAUUUUGGUCAGCAGUAGGAGAGUCCAUUCAGACGUGCCCUUACUGAAAGGGUCGGGAUGGCGUUAGAAUGGCAUACUUUAUUUUUGUAUGACAACUCAACCGUCUUAUGCUGGCAAAUGUAACUUUUUAUUUAUGAGCAUAGACGCUUUGUUUUGUCUAUUGCAUUGUUAGUGCUAAAUAAACUAUGGCACACACUGACUGCCAAGAAAUAUUCGCCAAGCAGUCGUAAAACACUGCUGACACUGGGUAGGUCUUUAAAUGGAGGAGCCAUUGGAGACAUAUUGUGUGUGUGUGUGGUUGAGUCUGGGAAAAGCGGAGGAUGCAGACACUGUGGGUUUAGUUAACGGAUGCUUCGACAGUUCCUUGUAAGAUAGGGACACUCACACACACAUCCCCCACACACACACAGAGUGUGAGGAGAGAUAAAUAGUUUGAAGCUUCCUGUGUAACAACAGAAAGUGUCACCAUAUGUCACAAGCAUGUGGAGUGAAAACAACAGAGAAGGAAAAGUGAAUUGCUGUGUUUAUUCUAACAAAUGUUUGUUUAUUCAUAGGUUUAUCAGGAAAAACACUUCAUACUAGUUUGUUUGUCUCUACUCUUGGCUGUGAUAAUGUUGCUGCAGUAAUGUGCCAUAAAUUUCAAACUUAAGUCUAUGUGACAAUAAGCUCUGGAGGAAGCAACACUUUCGUCCGGAUACUGUGAGGCGAUAAAGGGAAAGUCGCUGCUGGCCGAUACAUCUGUUGAUUUUAUAUUUCCAUGAGUUUGUUUGAUGUCAAGCCUGCUGAUCCUGGACUAGAUGUCCAGCAGUUUGGCUCAGCAGGAGUCCAUUCUGAAGUAAAGGGGAAGACAGCAUGACGACCACAGAAGGCUUGAACUGUCUGAACAUGUUAAAUCAUCCAUCCAUGUGUGCAGCUUAUGACAGUGAGUGUGUGUGGCUGUAUAAAAAAUUGAAUGGACUGACACAUAAAAAUCUAAAAACAU